UCCAGUCACGAUUUCUGAUCAGGGAAAUCAUUAUUUUAAGCAGAAUGACCACAGUAAACGAUCCGGAACUGCAUGCCAAAGUAAAGAAGACUACGGAGAAAAUUUCCGAAAACAUGCACAUCAUAGCGAACGAGCCCAGUCUGGCGUUCUAUCGGAUACAGGAACAUGUCCGGAAGGUGAUUCCUCUGAUUGUGGACCGCAGGGGUGAGGUCUAUCAGUUACAGCAGGAUUUGCAGGGAAAAUGCUACGAUAUGGAAUACGCGAUUCAAGCCGUCAAGGACAUCGAAGCGGCAGAUGCAUCGCUGAAAAACGUACAGGAAGCUCUGAAGAAUGCAAUCUUCCUGAAACAGCAACUGAAAUACGUCGAAUCGCGGCGGCCCAAGAAAGAUUCCAACAGUUCCGUGUACAAACGGUUGUCGGCACACAUUACACUGGAUUUGCCAGAUCUGCCGGACAUUUCCGGCGUGGUACGGGAAACGACCAACCGUGUGGAGCAUAUGAUGUCCCAGGCGAGAACUUCCUCGUCCGGCAACGGUGCUGGGCCAGCGGAGUUGCAACGGUCCUAUACGACCUUGCACUAAAUUCCUGGUGUGUGAUUCAUGUUGAGGCAUAGUUUUCUGUGAUUGAUUAGUUUACAUUGAUUUGAUUUGACUGAUUCGAAAGCAAUUUUUUAUAUAAUUUUAAAUUACUAUGUUGCGAGCAUGUAUUAUUUGAAGAAAAAAAAUCUUAUGUAAACGUGAGGCAUUAAAUAUUAAUAAUGACAAUUUGUAGGAAUAAGACCAAAUCGUUCAAAAGUUCACUGUACGGGACUUUUUAUGGAAACAUGAAAUUU